ACCAACAACAUCAAUCAUGCCGACCAAUAUUGACGACCUCGAACUGGACGAUCCUCCAACCGUCGAGCCCUACGAGGUUCUAGCCAUCGAAAAGACGGCAACCCAAGACCAGGUCAAGACUGCCUACCGCAAAGCCGCCCUCAAAUGGCAUCCUGGUGCGCACCCUCUUGCCCUUCCCCCUCCCUGUCUACCUCCACUAACAUCACAACANGACAAGGCCAAACGCGAAGACAAAGACACGGCCCACACCAAAUUCCAAGAAAUCGCCCUCGCCUACGCCGUCCUCAGCGACCCCCGCCGCCGCACCCGCUACGACAACACGGGCCGCACCGACGAUUCGCUCGACAUCGACGACGAAAUCUUCAACUGGGGCGACUUCUAUCGCGCCCAAUACGCCAAUGCCGUGACUGAAGAUACCAUUAUUUCCUUUACUCAAGACUACAAAGGCAGUGAUGAGGAAAGAGAAGCAAAACCGCUGCUGCCACAAAGAAGAAGUCCAAAGCAGGAGGAGAUNGGAGAUCUAUCCUCUCUAGCAGCCCUCAUCAGCCAACGCAACAAAGCACGCAGCGAAGACUUUCUCGACAACCUGGCUGAAAAGUACGGAGCCACGGCGCCAAAGAAAAAGGGCAAGAAGAGAGCACAAUCGCCAGAUGAGCCUCCAGAGGAAGCGUUCAAGAGAACGGCAAAGAGAAAGACCAAAAAGUCAAAGGUU